AUGGCCUUAGUGCACCUCGGGCUGCCAGGGUGGCAGGCUGCAUUCUCUAAUUUACCAUUGAUACCUUGGGCAGAGCAAUUAUUCCUGCUGCUAGCUCCACAUUUAUUGGAGAGAACAGAAUCGGAAACAAGCUCGAUUGCAGUGUGUAAUGAAACCGGGUUGAACCACAUAGAUCCCAACAUUUUCAAAAUGUCUGCACGUCAUCAUAAAAAUAGUCGCCAAACAAAUCAACAUAUUUCAUCC